AUGUCUCGCGCACGUCCAUCCCCGCUAGUGACAGGUAUUUCACCUAAGGAGGGCGCAGCCUGGACCAAAGUCACUAUCCGUGGUGAAAACCUGGGAACGGGUUCAGCUGACCUCAUUGGUCUGUCGAUCUGUGGUCAUAACUGCCUGCUAACAGCUGAGUGGAUGUCAGCAAGCAAGAUUGUGUGUCGUGUGGGCCCUGCAAAAGAUGACAAGGGAGAGAUCAUUGUUACAACCAAGUCUGGAGGUCUUGGUACCUCCACCGUUUCCUUCAAACUGCUUAAACCUGAGAGGAUUGGUAUUUUAGACCAAUCGGCUGUGUGGGUGGAUGAACUUAACUACUACGACAUGAGGACUGACCGCAACAAAGGCAUCUCACCUCUCUCCCUGCGACCCAACAAUCCACUGGGUAUCGAGAUAGACAAAGGACUGUUACCACUGAAAGACAUUGAAAUGACAUUUCCAGGGAUGAGUGGGGACUUCACCAGUGAAAACUUUUCUGCCACCUGGUACCUCAUUGAAAACCACGCAGGCUCAAGUUUCGAACAGUUAAAGAUUGCUGCCAGCAAUCUGAAAAAGCAGGCCAACAAGAAGAAUGAGGGGAGUCUGGCCUACGUAAAAGGAGGACUCAGCACAUUUUUUGAAGCUCAGGACGCUCUGGCAGCUAUCCACCAGAGGCAGGAUUCGGACGGUACUGAAAGAGUGGAGGGAUCAAUGACCCAACGCCUGGAAGUCAUACUCAACAGAGCAAGUGACACAGCAGAUACACUUUUCCAAGAGGUUUUGGGACGGAAAGACAAAGCUGACUCCACACGCAAUGCACUCAAUGUCCUUCAACGUUUCAAGUUUCUUUUCAACCUGCCGCUUAACAUUGAACGCAACAUCCAGAAGGGGGAUUACGAUGUGGUGAUAAAUGACUACGAGAAGGCAAAAUCUCUUUUUGGCAAUACAGAGGUCCCUGUUUUUAAAAAAGUCUAUGCAGAGGUUGAGACGAGGAUCAAGGCUCUCAGGAGUCUACUUCUAGAAAAAUUGCUGCACACUCCCUCAACACUGCAUGAUCAGAAGAGAUAUAUCAGAUACCUGUCUGACCUGCAUGCUCCAGGUGAUCCAGCAUGGCAGUGCAUCUACGCUCAGCACAAAUGGAUACUCCAACUGAUGCAAGACUGCAAAGAUGAGUUUCUUGGUGGUCACAGAGGUAACUAACACACAUUGUUGCCUUCUCUGGAUCUGGAGGGGGAUUCCCGUCCUUCGGCUCUCAGCAGGCUGAGUCACACCUCAUCUUUGAAAAGAGGCGGUAGCCUGCAGAUGACUAAACCAACCAACUGGCGCUUUGAAACCCCUCAGCAGGUGCAAUUUGUAGAAAAGCUUUCAGACGUGGUAAUUGGCCAGCUGCCUAACUUCUGGAAGCUUUGGAUUUCUUAUGUGAAUGGGAGUCUUUUUAGUGAGACUGGAGAGAAAUCUGGGCAAGUGGAAAAGUCUAAGAAAAAUGCAAGACAAAAGCAGAAUGACUUCAAAAAAAUGAUUGAGGAACUGACCAAUCGGCUGGUUAAGCUUGUCCGUGGGGCCCUCCUUCCCACGACACUGCCACAAGGGGAGCGAAGUUUUUAUGGAGGCUGGGAGAACAAAACAGAAAUUACUGGCACAUGGCUAACGCAAAUCAUUCAUACUGUCAGGGGUUGUUAUGAAGCUUUGUCUGCCUUGGAGAUCCCAAAUGAUAUGUUGCAGGUGAUCCAGGAUCUGCUGCUGGAAUUGAGAGUUCAUUGCCUCAUGGUGACACUGCUGCACACCACAGAUGAUGUCAGGAGCCUCGCCGAGAAGGAAGACUGGGUGGUAGAUAACGAGGGACUUACUAAACUGCCAUCUCAGUUUGAACAGUGUGUGGUCCAGAUGCUACAAUCACUCAAGGAGCCUCUCGAGAUUAAACCAGGAGAGAUAAAUAUACUACAGCUGGACCAAGUUCAAGACCAAGCCUCAGACCUCUGCGUGAGCAUCAUGAAGGUUUUUAUCAACUCACUGGAGCAGCUUAGCACAAGCAAAGAUAGAGACUUGACUACAUCUCCCAUUUCCAUGGAUCUGUCCUCUCCGGAUCGGUUUAACAACAUGCAGGCGUGCUGCAAUCCAACAUCUGAACAACGCUUACUCAUCAUCCUGAGUAACUGCAAUUAUUUGGAGCGACACACUUUCCUCAACCUAGCUGAUCACUUUGAGAAACAUGGAUUCACAGGCACUGAGAAGAUUACAAGGGUGAGCUUAGUGGCUAUUCGGGAACUGGACGAAAAACUAUUUGAUGCCUAUAUCGAAAGGAGAGCUGACCCGAUCGCUGGCUCUCUAGAGCCGGGUAUCUACGCUGGUUACUUUGACUGGAGAGACUGUCCAUCUCCCACAGGGGUGAGAAGCUACUUAAAGGAAGCUCUGGUCAACAUCAUUGCAGUUCACGCUGAGGUCUUCACCAUUUCCAAAGAUUUGGUUCCAUGCAUAUUAUCCAAAAUUCUUGCAACAGUCGCUGACGAAAUGUGUCGUCUAAUGCAGUGCGUGUCAUCCUUUAGCAAAAAUGGCGCCUUGCAGGCUCGACUUGAAGUUUGUGCAUUGAAAGAUGCCAUAGCUGCAUACUUAAAUGCUGAAAGCAAUGCCAGCUUUGAAAUGGCUUUGGACGCCCUCCCCAAAUUUUACAGUGCAUCCGAUAAAAAGUUACUAGAAGAACUCUUGAAUAAGUUUAAGAGUAGCAUGCAGCUCCAGCUUACCUGCUUCCAGCCCUCCUGUGUACUGCCUGUCAAGAGAUAA